AUGCGCGGCGUGCUGCAAAGCACGCAGGAAACUCUGAACAAGCGCAGGCGUCGUCGGAUCGCUGAGAAAGAGGCGUUUGCUGAAGCCGUGAGCAGGCGGAGGGACUGCAAGCGCAAGACCGAGAUUGCCUGGGAUCUCAAGUUGAGAGAAGUCGCAUUGCUCGCCUUCCAGGUUCCAGAAGGAUCACAAAGUCUUCGCAACCUGCGGGAAAGUCUGCCGAGGCCGGACCGUGGUGAGAAGAGAACGCGCAAGGGAUGA